AUGUUUGCCAACAACAUCCCCGAGAUCCAGCGAACGAACCUAGCCAAUACUGUUCUGCUGCUCAAGUCUCUCGGCGUGAAGAAUCUUCUCGAAUUCGACUUCAUGGAUCCACCGCCACAAGCGAACAUGCUCAACUCGAUGUAUCAACUCUGGGUGCUCGGUGCACUCGACAAUGUCGGGAACCUGACAGCUGCUGGGCGCAAGAUGUCUGAGUUUCCCAUGGAGCCGUCGAUGGCCAAGAUGCUGAUCGUGUCUGUCGAGUAUAAGUGCUCGUCGGAGAUGUUGACGAUCGUAUCGAUGUUGUCUGUACCGAGUGUGUUCUACCGCCCUAAGGAACGCAUGGAGGAAGCGGACGCGGCACGUGAGAAGUUCAACGUACCCGAGAGCGACCAUUUAACGUUGUUGAACGUCUUCAACCAGUGGAAGAGUCACGGGCACCGCGAUGACUGGUCCAUGCGUCACUUUUUGCACCCGAAGCUCCUGCGUAAGGCGCGGGAGGUGCGGCAACAGCUCGAGGAUAUCAUGAAGUUCCAGAAGAUGGACAUCAUCUCCGCCGGUACCGACUUCGACGUCAUUCGGAAAGCUAUCUGCGCGGGAUACUUCCACCAAGCUGCGAGGGUAAAGGGUAUCGGCGAGUUUGUCAACAUUCGUACCGGUCUCCCCACCCACCUGCACCCGACGAGUGCGCUAUAUGGUCUAGGCUACACGCCAACGUACGUCCUUUACCACGAGCUCAUCCUCACUUCGAAGGAGUACAUGACCCAAGUAACUGCCGUCGACGCCUACUGGCUUGUCUCUACUUCAAAAUCUAGUAAGAAGACGCACUGGAGCAAUAUACAUUUGUGCUAG